AUGUGCAGGGACAUCAAAAAGAUUUCAAGAGGACAUCAAAAAGAUUUCAAGAGGACAUCAAGAAGAUUUCAAGAGGACAUUAAGAAGAUUUGUAGAGGAUAUCAAGUAGAUUUGCAGAAGGACAUCAAGAAUAUUUCAAGAGGACAUCAAGAAGAUUUGCAGGGGACAUCAAAAAGAUUUCAAGAGGACAUCAAAAAGAUUUCAAGAGGACAUCAAGAAGAUUUCAAGAGGAGAUCAAGUAGAUUUGCAGGGGACAUCAAGAAGAUUUCAAGAGGACAUAAAGAAGAUUUGCAGGGGACAUCAAGAAGAUUUCAAGAGGACAUCAAGAAGAUUUCAAGAGGACAUCAAAAAGAUUUUAAGAGGACAUCAAAAAGAUUUCAAGAGGACAUCAAGAAGAUUUCAAGAGGAGAUCAAGUAGAUUUGCAGGGGACAUCAAGGAGAUUUCAAGAGGACAUCAAGAAUAUUUCAAGAGGACAUCAAGAAGAUUUCAAGAGGAAAAGAAGAAGAUUUGCAGGGGACAUCAAGAAGAUUUCAAGAGAACAAGAAGAAGAUUUGCAGGGGACAUCAAGAAGAUUUCAAGAGGACAAGAAGAAGAUUUCAAGAGGACAAGAAGAAGAUUUGCAGGGGACAUCAAGAAGAUUUGAAGAGGACAAAAAGAAGAUUUGCAGGGGACAUCAAGAAGAUUUCAAGAGGACAAGAAGAAGAUUUCAAGAAGACAAGAAGAAGAUUUCAAGAGGACAAGAAGAAGAUUUCAAGAGGACAAGAAGAAGAUUUGCAGGGGACAUCAAGAAGAUUUCAAGAGGACAAGAAGAAGAUUUCAAGAGGACAAGAAGAAGAUUUGCAGGGGACAUCAAGAAGAUUUCAAGAGAACAAGAAGAAGAUUUGCAGGGGACAUCAAGAAGAUUUCAAGAGGACAAGAAGAAGAUUUCAAGAGGACAUCAAGAAGAUUUGCAGGGGACAUCAAGAAGAUUUCAAGAGGACAACAAGGAGAUUUGCAGGGGACAUCAAGAAGAUUUCAAGAGGACAUCAAGAAGAUUUCAAGAGGACAUCAAGGAGAUUUCAAGAGGACAUCAAGGAGAUUUGCAGGGGACAUCAAGAAGAUUUCAGGUAGACAUCACUGUCUUUACCAUCUACAUGUAA